CUCUUCAAAUAAAGAAAAGUAUCAAGUAUGUUCUGUUUCUUUCUCCGGCAUGGCGUGUAGCGGGAACUGUAGAGCAGUAUAGAACUCAGUUCAGUGCACACCCAUCUAAAUUUAAACCUAAAGAUGCUUCACGGAUGUUCUUAUACUUACAGUUGCAAUCACACUUCAAGAAAAUUCAAGCAUCACCAUCCCAUCUCUUCUCCAAGUAAGCUUCUUUCCCUUAAUUCUCCUUGUAAAGCUACCAUCUUUAUUGGUCACAAUCAGUCUAAAAAUCACAGCUUUGAUAAAAGACACCAGUUUUUAAGCGACCCAUCUUUACAUAAUGGUGUUAUAUGCUCAUUUUCACUAAACCAGAAAAACCCAGAAGAAAAAACUAGGGUUUCUCUAGGGUUUAAGCUUCACUGUCUCUCAAAGAAUCUAACUUUGCCCACUAAGAACUCUUCUUAUAAUGGUAAAAAGAAGAGCUAUGGAGGUAAGUUGCCUUCAAUUUUGAAGUCAUUGGAUUGUGAUAUUAAUAACAUUGAGCAGACCCUCAAUUCAUUUUGUGAGAAUUUGAAUCCGAAAGAGCAAACUGUUAUUCUUAAAGAGCAGAGAAAUUGGGAGAGAGUGAUUAGGGUUUUCGAGUUUUUCAAGUCGAGGAAAGAUUAUGUACCGAAUGUUAUUCACUAUAAUAUUGUGCUUCGAAUAUUGGGGAGAGCUCAGAAAUGGGAUGAACUGCGGCGUUGUUGGAUUGAAAUGGCGAAAAACGGUGUUGUGCCCACGAAUAAUACGUAUGGGAUGCUUGUUGAUGUAUAUGGUAAGGCUGGUCUUGUUACGGAAUCACUUUUGUGGAUUAAGCAUAUGAGAGUUAGAGGGCUUUAUCCUGAUGAGGUUACAAUGAAUACGGUUGUUAAGGUUUUAAAAGAUGCCAAGGAGUUUGAUAGUGCGCAUAAGUUUUAUAAGGACUGGUGCGCUGGGCGGAUUGAGUUAGAUGAGCUCCAAUUAGAUUCUACGAGUGACUACGAAAAUGGGCCUGGGUCUUCCCCAGUUAGCUUUAAGCAUUUUUUGUCAACUGAACUUUUCAAAACAGGUGGGAGAGUACAUACUCCAAAAUCUUUAGGAUCGUCGGAUGCAGAAAGUCUGGUUAGGAAGCCACGUCUAACAUCCACAUAUAAUACAUUGAUCGAUAUGUAUGGGAAGGCAGGGCGUCUGAAUGAUGCAGCAGAAGUCUUUUCAGAUAUGAUGAAAUCUGGGGUGGCAAUGGAUGCCAUCACGUUUAAUACUAUGAUCUUUACUUGUGGAAGCCGUGGGAAUUUGUCAGAAGCAGAGGCUUUGAUGAGUAAGAUGGAAGAAAGGGGAAUAUCUCCUGAUACGAGAACUUACAACAUCUUUCUGUCUUUGUAUGCUGAUGCAGGAGACGUGAAUGCAGCCAUCAGAUGUUAUCGGAAAAUUAGGGAGGUGGGUCUUUUCCCUGAUACUGUAAGCCACCGGACUAUUCUUCAUGAAUUAUGUGGGAGGAAUAUGGUGAAAGAAGCAGAGGCUAUUAUGGAAGAAAUUGACAAAUCUUCGCAAAAUAUUGAUGGGCAUUCAAUACCUGGUAUUAUUAAGAUGUAUGUUAACAAAGGGUUGCUUGAUAGAGCACAGAGCCUUUUAGAUAAGUGCCAGUUUGAUGGUGGCUUGUCAGCAAAGACAAAUGCAGCAAUUAUAGAUGUGUAUGCUGAAAAGGGGCUUUGGGCUGAAGCUGAGGCUGUAUUUUAUAAGAAGUGGACUUCAGCGGCUCAAAAGACAGACAUUUUGGAAUACAAUGUCAUGAUCAAAGCUUAUGGUAUGGGAAAGCUUUAUGAGAAAGCAUUUUCUCUCUUUAGGAGCAUGAGGAAUCACGGCACUUGGCCUGACGAGUGCACUUAUAAUUCUCUAAUCCAAAUGUUCUCUGGUGCUGAUUUAGUAGAUCAAGCAAUGGACCUGCUAGCUGAAAUGCAAGGAGCAGGAUUUAAACCACAAUGUCUUACAUUCUCGUCUAUUAUUGCGUGCUACUCCCGUCUAGGCCAGCUUUCUGACGCAGUUGAUGUUUACAAAAACAUGGUAAAGGUGGGGGUUAAACCUAAUGAAGUUGUGUAUGGGGCCUUAAUUAAUGGAUAUGCAGAGGCUGGAGAAGUUACAGAAGCUCUUGAAUAUUUCAAUAUGAUGGGAGAGAAUGGGAUUUCAGCAAAUCAAAUAGUUUUGACUUCCCUUAUUAAGGUUUAUAGCAAGCUAGGAUGCUUUAACAGUGCAAAACAAUUGUAUCAAAAGAUGAUGUGUUUGGAAGGCGGUCCAGAUAUUGUUGCAUCAAAUAGCAUGAUCAGUCUUUAUGCAGAUCUCGGGAUGAUAUCUGAAGCUGAAUUGGUCUUCAAAAAUUUGAGAGAAAAGGGUUCUGCAGAUGCGUUAUCCUAUGGAACAAUGAUGUAUCUGUACAAGAGCAUGGGCAUGCUUGAUGAAGCCAUCAAUGUUGCAGAGGAAAUGAAACAGUCAGGUUUACUACGGGAGUCUAUGUCGUAUAAUCAGGUAAUGGUAUGUUAUGCUACUAAUGGUCAGUUAAUUGAAUGCGGCAAGUUGUUGCACGAGAUGAUAAAAAAGAAAAUAUUCCCUGACGAGGGGACCUUCAAAGUAUUGUUUACUGUGCUGAAGAAAGGAGGACUUCCGGCUGAAGCUGUAAGGCAGCUGGAGUCGCACUAUCAUGAAGGAAAACCUUAUGCUAGACAAGCUGUCAUUACCUCUGUUUUCUCUCUAGUCGGUUUGCAUUCUUUAGCGCUUGAAUCCUGCAUGGCUUUCACAAAAGCAGAUAUAGCUCUCGAUUUGUUUGCCUACAAUGUUGCUAUUUAUGCUUAUGGCUCAGCAGGGGAAUAUGACAAGGCUCUGAACACAUUUAUGAAAUUGCAGGAUGAGGGUCUCGAACCAGACAUUGUUACUUCGGUUAAUCUGGUUCAUUGUUAUGGUAAAGCUGGCAUGAUUGAGGGUGUGAAGAGGAUAUAUAACCAACUAAAAUAUGAAAAAGUCAAGCCCAGUGAUUCCGUUUUCAUGGCUGUUGCUGAUGCCUUCGAAAGUUCCAACAGGCAUGAUCUUGCCGUUUUGGUUGUUCAAGAGCUUAAAUUUGGUUUUGAUUCUCAAGAAUUUUCCGAUUCUGAUUCUGAUUUACGGCAUUCUGACCUUGAAGAUGAAGAUGCAGCUGAUAUUGAAGUAAAAAACUUGAGAAAAAGAAAAUGACCAGAUCCCUAUUGUGUAAACUGUACAUAAACAACUUGUUCAAACAUUGAAGAUUUUAUUCUGUAAUGUAUGACACAAUAGUCAAAGCGAUAAGCAUAGUGAUUGAGCAUGGGUAUACGGGAACCCAGCAAAGUGUAGAACAUUGAAAUUCCUAUGUUAAUAUUGUUAUGUUAAAUUCAUUAGCCUACUCCGCUUGCAUUUAAAUGAGAAGUCGUGUUUCUAUCA